AUGGGCAUCUUUGGACGUCUCAGGGCCAGUCCUUACACGAUUCCCACCCUCAAAGCACUCUCGUGGGUACCCGUAGUUUUAUUUGUGCUUGAAAAUGGUGUCAGUCCAUCAAAGGUGGAAGGCCGCUCUAUGCAGCCUACAUUAAAUCCAGAUAGUAACCAAAUGAAACGAGACAUAGUUUUAUUGAAUAAAUGGUCUGCAACAUCCCAUUCAUUCCAACGAGGACAAGUAGUGGUGCUCACAUCUCCUACUAACCCGAAGCGACAAAUUACAAAACGUAUCAUUGCUCUUCAAGGGGACACUGUAAAACUACGCCAGGGCACUGAAAAAGUAUAUGUGCCAAAGGGACACUGUUGGGUAGAAGGAGAUGAAGGGUUCCACUCAAAUGACAGUAAUCUAUUUGGCCCAGUACCUAUCUCACUCAUAAGCUCUAUCGUUACUCACGUUAUCUGGCCUCCGUCUCGCUUUGGCCCUGUCGAAGUAAAUGGGAUCGAGAGCAAGAGAGUUACUCUGGGAUUUAUCCCUCCUGAUAGUGAUGAUGAUUACUGCUGGUAG